UGGUUUUAAAUUUUCUUAUCAAUUGCAAGGCUUUGACUUUCUGAGAGGGUUGAUAAGAAUUAUAGUUCCAUUGACUUCAUCACUUAAGUGUGUGAUUUGAGUUGAGUGCAGGGAGAAUGGGUUAUAGUUUUUUUUCUUUUGAGAUAGAGUCUUUGUCCUUGUAGCCCAAGCUGGAGUGGAGCAGUGACACAAUCUUGGCUCACUGCAAACCCUGCCUUCUGGGUUCAAGCAAUUCUUCUGCCUGAGCCCCCCAAAUAGCUGUGAUUACAGGCAUGCACAACCAUGCCUGGCUAAUUUUUGUAUUUUUAGCAAAUGAGGUUUCACCUUGUUGGCCAGGCUGGUCUCAAACUCUGUAUCUUAGGUGAUCCACCUACUUUGGUGUUCCAAAGUGCUGGGAUUGCAGGCAUGAGCCACUGUGCCCAGCCCAAGUUAUUGAAUCUUAAAGCUGCACAGAGCUCUCAGAUUAUCUGGUCCAGUGUCUUUCAGAUUUGUGAACCACAAAUACAGUUUGUGUGUGUGUUCAUAUAUAUCUGAAACAGAGUCUCUGAAAGAGUGCUUAUUCAUGUUUUUCUAUUAAAUUUGAUUUUGUUCUAUUCUAUUCUUCAUUUUUCUAAUUCAUUUUUUGAAAUGCCAAACAGGACUCGCUAAUAGUCAUGACUGGUGGUUGGAGAAACACGGACCUAGGCUAGCAGCUGUGUUUUACAGAUGGGAAAUCUGGAGUCUGGCAACACAAGUUUGUCUAAGGUCAAAAAGCUCAUUAGCUGCUAAAAGGAGGGGACUUUUAAAAACACAUGUGGAAUUUCAAAUUCAAGUCAUUUAGCAUUUGGUGCUUACCAAAUGAUUUAUGGCUAGUCCAGAAAGCACUUUCAAAUUGCACUAUCGGAAAUCAGGGAGCAAUCAGCACCCAUUACUACUGUGCAUGCGCACAGGCACACUUAUUCCCUCUGCUACUGGGCCCUGUGACACAACAGGCUAAAGGCUGAAUUGGAAUAUAGAUACACCUAUUUCUUUGCACAAUUUCUUUCUGCUUUUGUCAUCCAAGGGCAGAGCUGAAGAGCCAUGACAAAGAUAGUAUGUGCAGCUUUAAGAUUCAGUAACUUGGACUGGGCAUGGUGAAUGGCUCAUGCCUGUAAUUCCAGCACUUUGGGACGCCGAGGCAGGCAGAUCACCUAAGGUCCGAAGUUCGAGACCAGCCUGGCCAACAUGGUGAAACCCUGUCUCUGCUGAAAUAUUUACUUUCUGGCCUUUUACAUAAAAAUUUUGCCAACUUCUGGGAAUUAUCCAAUAAUGAAUGUAAAGCGCUUAUAAUUUGUGACACGUGAUAAAUAUCCAAAGAAGAGUAGCUCUUUUUAUUUUAAAGUGGUAAUGGCAAUUAAGAGGACAAGAAUUAUUUUGAUUAUGCUAGUGAUGAGAGAAAUAAUAAAUUGUGAUGGUGUUAAUGGUAAUGGUAAUGACAACAUUAGCAAUAACAACCAUAACUUAUUUGGCUACCAGCUUUGAAUUCCUUUAUCUUAUUUUAGAAGCCACUCCUGAUAUUUCCUAGGCUUUUUCUUUUCCCUGGUAUCAAAAUUCAUUUUCAGGGAAAAAUCUGAACCUUGCUAUAAGAUUUAGAAAAAAAGAAGCUCUAGAUGUUGAGGUUUAAUUGGCAGGUAUGAGAGGUAUUUUGAGAGAAAACUCAGAUCUUCUCCUCGUCUGUUUUUGCAUAAAGCAGCCUCAGUCUCCAUAGUGGUAUUUUAUUCUGGACAACUCCUUGGCAAAUACUUGUGGAGUAUUCAUAAGGGAUUUCUGUUUCUUCCUGAGAUCAUACCAUCAGCACUGUCAGAAGAAUUUACUCAUGUGGGGCUUGAUGGUGAGUCCUGGUGGUUUUCCUGGAUCCCACAAGUGUCCUGGGAAAACGUAUUUGUCUUGUUUCUUACUCUUUCUUUUUAAUUUACAAAGCUAAAAAGAAGAAAGACAUUCUUGUUUUGUACCUUUAAUUUCUGAACUACACUAAAGUUUCCUAAAUUUUGGAGAAUUUGCUAUGUCUAUGGCUUAAAAAAUAUAACUCUCAUUGUGGCUACCCACAGACCCCAAAUGUGUCUUAAAGUAAAUUAGACUCACUCAGAAACUUAGCAUCUGUUUCUUCUCUCAGUUAUAAAUUCACAAAUAGGAUCUGUUUCUCCCUUUAAAGUGGUUUCCCUAGCAACUAAACCACCCUUAUAUGAUCAGAGCAGUUUGUCACUUUUGAAGUUUGACUUUCUGACAAGGCCUUCUGGCUCAGGGAGACGAAGAAAACAACCUCCAAACACAAACAUUUCAAAAACACUCAAGCGAUGAAUUACAAAUGAACUACAUUGGGUGACUUUUCUGUAGAUUGCGUGUCAGCCAUCAUCACCACCACGCUCCAUAGCCAACCAGCAAAGAUAGCCAUCUCUUGAAGUAGCUAUCUUCGUAGCAGAGAACAGAUGGGAGUGAUUCUUAAAGGGGCUAAAUUACCAUAGAGAUAUAUUUUGGGAAGCAGUGGGCAGACAGAGAUAUAGAAGACUUGCAGCAGGCAGCCGCACAAAGCAAACUCACCUUGUGAUAAUACUUCAUCUUGCUUAUCUCGAAGCUAAAGUAAACGUAUUGGUCACAACUCAGAUACAUCAUGGGGAAGACAGACUUUGCUCCCUCUACUCAGAAAGAGUCAGGACAAAAUGAGAGGAAGUCUAAAUCCAAUGACUACUUGACCUUGAAUGCUGAGAGCCAGCAAGAGAGAGACCAAGGGACAUUGACUUGUCCUUCAGAGGUCAGUGGAAGGAUUUUACAAGAAAGGGAAUUUGAAGCAAACAAACUUCAAGGAAUGCAGCAAAGUGACCUCUUCAAAGCUGAAUAUGUCCUUAUUGUGGACUCUGAAGGGGAAGAUGAGGCUACAAGCAGGAAAGUUGAACAAGGGCCCCCAGGGGGGAUUGGCACGACAGCUGUCCGGCCCAAGUCUCUAGCAAUCUCUUCCAGUCUGGUCUCUGAUGUAGUGCGUCCCAAAACACAGGGGACUGAUCUCAAGGCCUCAUCACAUACCGAAAUGCUUCAUGGGAUGGCCCCUCAGCAAAAGCAUGGGCAGUUAACUUCUUCUCCCACUACCUCUGAGCAGCUUGCCUGUAAACCACCUGCUUUCUCCUUUGUUUCUCCAACUAAUCUGAACACACCACCCGACCCAGAUAACCUCGAGGGAGCCUCUGUCCUAGAGGAGUUCCACACUAGGAGGCUGGAUGUCGGUGGGGCCGUGGUGGAAGAAUCAGCUACGUAUUUUCAAACUACCACUCACUCUUCACCCUUUUCUGCAUCGAAGGGCACCUGCUCGACGUUACUGUUUCCCCAUUCCACUCAACUAUCACGUUCUAACUUACCCAGUUCAACUGCAGCAGAUCCAAAGUUUGGACUGACUUCCGAAGUUCUGAAGAAGACACCUGUCACCUCACAUGUCCUUAGUAGUGGAGAAAGUCCGAAAACCUCUUUUCUUCCACCGUCCUCCAGUGCUUCUCUGAAGACGAGUUCAGCCUCCUACAUCCCAGUCCGCAUUGUCACGCAUUCACUCUCUCCGAGCCCCAAACCAUUUACUUCCUCUUUCCAUGGCUCUUCUUCUACCAUCUGCAGCCAAAUGUCAUCUAGUGGAAAUCUUUCAAAGUCAGGGGUAAAAUCCCCGGUGCCCUCCCGGCUUGCCCUUCUCACUGCCAUUCUCAAGUCAAACCCUUCCCACCAAAGACCCUUUUCCCCUGCGUCCUGUCCCACCUUCUCUCUAAACUCCCCGGCCUCUUCCAUGCUCACACUUGAUCAAAAACCAAAGCAGACCCCACCCACGCCUAAAAAGUCUCUCUCAAGUUGUUCCCUGAGAGCUGGGUCGUCAGAUCAAGCGGAACACCAGGAUUCUGAGUUGACCCAGCAAUCUUUUCGCCUGCCUGUUUUCACCCAGUCUACUCCCCUUUCUCAGGAUCCCUCCCUCUCUCCUACAAAACAAGCUAGUAGCAACCUUGCUUCCCUGAAGGUAGAGACAACACCAUUACCCACUUUGAAGAGUGAUAAAAUGCUCUCCCUGCUACAAACCAGUGCAAUCAGUUCUGUGGGUUUUCCUCCUGUUCCUCCAAGCUCUUCUCUUUCCUCUUUAAAGAGUAAACAGGAUGGUGACCUCAGAGGUCCAGAAAACCCCAGAAACAUUCAUACAUACCCUUCUACAUUAGCCUCCUCUGCAUUAUCUUCUCUAUCCCCUCCUAUUAAUCAAAGAGCUACACUGUUUUCUUCAGAGAAGUGUUUCCAUCCUUCCCCAGCUCUUUCAAGCCUGAUAAACAGAUCUAAAAGAGCAUCAUCCCAACUAUCUGGCCAGGAGCUGAAUCCUUCAGCUCUUCCUUCAGUCCCUAUCUCCAAUGCUAGCUCUGCCUCUCUUCCCAACUUGAGGUCCUCCUCUCUCCCUUGUGCCAAUUUGCCCACCCAGACACCCUACCUCAGUCCCUCAGCACUGUACCCACAUUGCGGCAGUGGUACCCUGCCUUCAAGACUUGGGAAAUCUGAAAGCACCACCCUCAACCACAGGUCACCUGUUUCAGCCCCAUCACUUCCCAUAUCUCUAACAAGAACUGAGGAGCUGAUUUCACCCUGUGCAUUGUCCAUGUCAACAGGCCAAGAAAAUAAGAAACCCAAGCAAUACAAGACCAAGUCAAGCUACAAGGCUUUUGCAGCAAUCCCUACAAACACAUUGCUUUUGGAACAGAAGGCACUAGAUGAACCAGUCAAGACUGAAAAUGUCUCCAAGGACAGCACAUUAGAACCACCUGUGGAGUUGUAUUUUCCUGCACAGCUCAGGCAGCAAACUGAAGAGGUCUGUGCUACCAUUGAUAAGGUCUUACAGGAUUCCUUGUCUAUGCAUUCUUCUGAUUCUCCUUCAAGGUUCCCAAAGACAUUGUUGGGUUCUGGCACAGUCAAAACUUCUACAACUCUUCCAAGAGCAGCUGGUCGAGAAACCAAAUAUGCAAAUCUCUCCUCACCAUCUUCUACAGUAUCUGAGAGUCAACUGACUAAGCCUGGAGUAAUUCGCCCAGUACCUGUAAAAUCCAGAAUAUUACUGAAGAAAGAGGAGGAAGUCUAUGAACCCAACCCUUUCAGUAAAUACUUGGAAGAUAACAGUGACCUCUUUUCUGAACAGGGAGAAAGAGAAAGAAAAAGAGGGAAAAAGAGGAAAAAAGAGGGAAAAAGAGAAAAAGAGGGAAAAAGAAAUAUUACUUCAUUCCUAAAAUGGGGUAUGACAGUCCUUCCCAAGCCUGUCUCGCUCCAUCCUUUAUAUCAGACUAAACUCUAUCCUCCUGCUAAGUCCCUGCUGCAUCCACAGACCCUCUCACAUGGUGACUGUCUUGCCCCAGGACCUUUCAGUCAUCUGUCCUUCUCCCUGAGUGAUGAACAGGAGGAUUCUCACACCCUCCUCAGUCACAACGUGUGCAACAAGCUGAGUCAUCCAAUGGUGGCUAUUCCUGAACAUGAAGCUCUUGAUUCCAAAGAGAUAAAGUGGAAAAUGGGAGAAAAAAAGUGAUUUUUGAAAAACUUAUCUCUGAGAAGGGACUGGCAAUGAAGUUGGAGCAGAGGCUGAAAACACAGGCUGCUGAAGUUUUUUGGAAUGCUGGUGCUAACCACUUGCUAGAUUUAACUUUUUUUUUUUUCCAGAAUGUGUGCUCCCUUUAAGAGCUGCAGUGCAGCAGAACUAAAAAAAAGUUUGCUGCAGUUAUAUAGCAUCGCAGUGCUCUGCUAACAGCCAGCAUAGGAGAGAUUUACCUACAGCUUCUUGCACCACUGUUUAAGCCUUUAAUGCCUUCUAUCUAAUAUCAAGCUGACAGCAAUACUAACAUUCCCCUAUACUUAGCAGCCAAAUAAAGAAGAAUCAUGGGUAAAUAGAAGAAUGGCUGUGACUAUUUUUCAAUACGAAUUUUAUUUAAUGCAUACAUUACGAACUGAGUCAGGUUGUUAUUCCCCUCUUACUUCACUUUUUUUUUUACAUUAAUAAAACACUCUUCUAGCAAAGUAAAUAAUUAGCUUUCAGAAGAUACUAAUAUUCAGAGGUUCACUAGUAAGAUUUGAACGCCAGAAAGUUCGUAUUUUGUAUCACUAACACUGCUUUCCUGUUCUGUUGGGAUUCUGUGCUGCUGGGACAGACUAUGUCCCAGGAGCAACCCAAUGCUGAUGAACAUUGUGUUACUGGAGUGUCUGGGAUGCCAUUGUCUCUCUGCCUGUCGCCACAUGAUUCUUGUGAAGGCUACUUUUUAGUCAGUUUGUACCCAAAAUUCUGAGAGCAACAGAGACCAUAGAGCAAACCUAUACAUGAUGAUAAUCCUGAGUCCCCUACAGGCACACUAUGUGCCCACCUUGACCAUCUUCAAUUUGUUUCCCACUUGUCAUCCCCAGCAGUGUGUCCUAGCCUCCUGUAAGUGAUUUCCUUUUUCUGUUCAUCUGAGAAGCCUAGGAUAACACACAUUAAAAAAUAAAAGCGGUCUGGACAGUGAACCCCUGAUGGUAAAGGAGUCUUGGGAAAACCUGUUCAUUCAUUCUUUGCACAUUGUCCCUGUUCCCCUUGGAGCCAUCUCUGAGGCACAGUGCUCCUAAACCAUGCUUUGUUACCCAAUCCCAUCCCCCAAACCUAAGCAGGAAGAGUGGCUUAUAGAAGAGCAUCGAGGCUCCUUCAUUCUCCAAUAGCCAUUUUAGAAUGUUUCGUUUUCAGCUAUUAUUUGGCCACUGGAAACAUAAACUUAUCGACGUCUCCUUUGCUGGUGUUAGAGAAGCAAAGGAGCCUCAGCAAAGCUCUCUGCUCAUCUCUCCUUCCCCCAACCAAAACCACUUAUUUAUCAACCUGCUAAAUUGUGUGAAGCAUCACUUUAGAUUAUUAGUAAUGAUCUCUAACAUUCACUGUGGUCUUAUCAUGAGCAACGUGCCACACCAAGUGCUUUACAUGAAUUUAAUUUAACCUCCACAAUGAGCCUGCGAUGUCUGUAAUAUUAUUAUUCGUAUUUUAUUUUUGUGAAGAAAGGCUCCUCCAAAUGGUUAAAUUAAGCUAGUAAGUGGCAGUGGCAGAAUUCAAACCGAGGUAAUCUGAUUCUAAGACUAGAUGAUAAUGAUUUACUCAGUCAUUUGUGUAGUCAUUUAUGCAGUCAUCUUUCAACUCCAGCGUAAAGGGGUGACUUGAUUACACUCCUCAGUUCAUGGCAGAUUUCUAUCGUAAGUUUGGGCAAACCCCCCUCAUAUAUACCUGUUGAUUAAUGACCAUCAUUUAUUCCUACCUUCCCUUCCUUGCCGUAGGCACACAUUCGUAUUUAUUUAAUGUAUAUCUUUUGUUCAUAUAUGUUUUAAAGAUGUACACUGUUUUGUCUGCAUAUAUAGUUAAUAAAUGUAAAUGGUAUCGUUUACAUUUGUUA